GCAGGUGAACUUCUACUCGCCUCCUCGCGCCUCCGAUCGCAACAGGGAAAAGUAUAACAGCAGCCCGAGCAGAUCGCCCGUCUCUUCCACAUUUCUCCUCGUCGCUUUUUCUCCUCUCCCCGGGGCUUGAACAGGUCAUCGGGGCCAUGUCCAGGAAGAAGGGGGUGAAAGGCAAAGGGGGCGCCAAGAGCCCAAAGGCGUCGCCGAGCAGUAGCGGCGGGAGGACGGGGAAAGGUCUGGCCGCCGCUGCCGCUCCGUCCUCCGGACUGGUUUACCCCAGCAGACCGUCCAUCAGCAACAGCGGAGAGUUUUACGAUAUCGCCUUCAAGGUGAUGUUGGUGGGGGAUUCAGGUGUUGGGAAGACCUGUCUCCUGGUUCGCUUCAAAGAUGGAGCCUUUCUAGCCGGCAGCUUCAUCUCUACUGUGGGCAUCGACUUCAGGAAUAAAGUUAUGAGCAUUGAUGCUGUGAAGGUCAAACUGCAGAUAUGGGACACCGCUGGUCAGGAGCGUUUCCGGAGUGUCACCCAUGCCUACUACCGCGACGCUCACGCUCUUCUCCUUCUGUAUGACGUCACUAACAAAGCAUCCUUCGACAACAUCCGGGCGUGGUUGACAGAGAUCCAUGAGUACGCUCAGCAGGACGUGGUCCUCAUGCUGCUGGGCAACAAGGCCGACUCCACACACGACAGGGCGGUGAAGCGGGAGGAGGGAGAGAAACUGGCAAAGGAGUUUGGAGUGCCCUAUAUGGAGACGAGCGCCAGAUCUGGACUGAAUGUGGAGCUGGCCUUCACUGCUGUGGCCAAGGAACUGAAGCACAGGACCAUGAAGGAGCCUGACCAGCCAAAGUUUCAGCUUCAGGAGUAUGUCGACCAGGAAAUGAGGACGGUUGGCUGCUGCCGCUCGUAGACAACAUGCCAUCUGUGUGUGUGUGUGUGUGUGUGUGUGAGGGAGGGAACGUGUAUGUACUGUUAAGAGUAUGUAUUAAAUCUGAGUUUGUGUGUCUGGGAAUAAUCAUGGAUUCUCAUUGUUUGUAAUAUUUAUUUUUGUGGUGAUACUGCUAAUACGCUCUCUCUCCCAACCCACCUGUUCUCUGCAACUGUGAAUGUAAUAUAAAUUCCACAUGUCAAAAUCAACAUGCAUGUUUAUACACACACGCAACCUUGUACUUCUAUCUUAGUAAGGACACUUAUUAUUUCUAAUGCAGUCCCUAAUUCUAACAUAAUCCAAACGUCCCCUCCUUUGCCAAUUCAAAACACCACACUUGGGCACAAUGAGUACUCCUAAUUAGCUAGGUGGGAAACAAAUACAGUACUUGUCAAUCAAUAAGGACACAGGAUGCCACAUCUUGUCAAGCCCUAUGAGAAAAAUUGUGAUUUACUGAAUAUGGGCUAUAGAACAAAAAAAGUGGUGAAACCUUGAGGUCAGAAGUUUAGAUCCCUCAUUUGGACUAACUACUAAAAUAGCUCACUGAGGUCAUAAUGCCUUCACAGACUGCCCUUAACCUAACCACUGGUUCAAGAAGCCUACCGGAAACUGGGGGGGAAUACUAGGCUGUAAAAAGUAUCUACAAAGAUAUCAUUACAAGUACACACACACACCUGUUAAAUCCAUUCUGUGCCAUUUUCCAUCAGCGUGACAAUGUACAUAUUUCAAAUCUAAUUUUACUUUUGUGUGCCGAAAUGUUUGUAAACGCCUGUCUUGUUGACACUCAAGUAUAUGGAUACAGACAUGUUAAAUAUUGAAUCAAUCUUAAUGUAAUAGAAAUAGAUCUGAUGAACAUGUUUUUACGGAUGCAUUUCUGCUCCUGAUGUUAAACAGUCAAAUGGCACUGUGUGCUGUUUUUGUACAGGAUGAAAUAUAAUAACCGUUUUUAUUACUAUAUCCUAGUGAUCAACUGUCUGUAGAAUUUCUUUAAAGCUCUUUGACAUUUUUCCAGUUUGAGUUUAAAGCUUUGAUGUGUUCCAUUUAAUAUGAAAACAUCUCUCUCUGUCAUUAUUAGACCAUGUUCAUUCAGUUAAUGCAUGUAGGUGUUCACUGACCACUUCUGUACUUUGCAUUUGACUUUUUGGAGAGAAAUCUGCCAUGUUGCAUAAUGGGAAAUAAGUGGAAGAUAAUGCUGCUUACUGUAACUCAAGGUUUUUUUCUGGAUCGGUGAAAGGUGGUGAAAAGCCUCAAAGAAAGACCUUGCAUUCAUUUUGUGUUAAUAUUGCUGUUGUUGAUACAUUGUACAUCAUUCUCCACUUUGUGUACAUAUCACAGUGAAUUUUAAACCACCCUGUGUACAAAGGAUUUCAUUUAAAAAAAAUAUUACCUUGAAGAAUGGGCUGGGUGAUUAUACCAAAAAUGAUAAAGAGAAAGAUUUUAAUAUCAGUUGAUUUCAAUAAAUAUCACAAAAAUUAGUUUUAGUUCAAAGAUUUUUGCUCCAGAGUUAAGAUUAUGGUUUUAAAAUAUUAUUUAUAAGCAGAUCACCAUGCUCUCCUGAUGAAUCUGCUAUAUAUAUUGAACUUUUGUUAUAAUGUUAUUGAUAAUUAUAUUGAGAUAAUCCUUUUUCUCAUCUUUAAUCACCCGGCUCUGGUUCAUUUUAUGUCACCAUUAUAACUGUGCUGAUCUAAUGUUGUGAACUGAAAGAUGUUGCUGUUUGUUGUCGAUUUCAGGGACGAAGAAAGACGGAGGAUUCACGAGCAGAGGUUGCUUUGAUUAAAAACAGAUUUUAUUUAUUUUUGUCAGAUGUUUUAUCGUAGCUGGUUCUGCCGAUGUUAAAAAUAAUACACAUUCUAUUGGAAAAUCCUUUUAAUAAAAGAUUCAAAAUGCAAACAUUUUACUCAAACUAAAUGAGAUGUCAAUUUAUUGUUAACUUGUAAUCUGUAACUUAACUGAAAUUAUUAUUGUAUCAAUCUCAAGUAUCCAUUAAAUA